GAAUAAAAAACCGUUGAUAUUAUGCAGAUCUGACGGUUGAAGUAAUGUCCGUGGCAUUAAUCUUCAUCCUAUGUUCUCAUUUUUCUCACCUUCAAGCUUUUCACUGGACUGCUGCACCUCUCUUCUCCCACACAACCCACUCCACAAUUGAAACUUACUGAAGCGCCUUUUGAGCUUUCUCUCCUCCAGUGAAACAGCUCCGAGCCCUCAAGGUGCAGUAGGAUUCAAAAGCAGUACAUUGGGUGUCAUCCGUGGUGGUCGAGGAAGGCUGGCUGAUGUUGAGGUGGUUGAGCAGAGAAAACAGUGCUGUUGGACGGAGUUUGAGUACAUGUGUUAACCCUCCAUUGCCAUGGCUUUUCGUGGGAUUAGGCAAUCCUGGUGAUAAAUUCAAAGGCACUCGUCAUAAUGUUGGCUUCGAAAUGAUUGAUGCACUUGCUGAUUCUCUUGGCAUUUCACUCAAUAAUGUCCAUUGUAAAGCUUUAUUUGCCCAAGGGUUCAUUGCCAAUGUCCCAAUUUUCCUAGCAAAACCUCAGACUUACAUGAACUUAUGUGGCGAAUCUACAGGUCCACUAGCAGCAUAUUACAAGCUACCUCUAAAUCGAGUGAUGGUGUUCCAUGAUGACAAGGAGUUGCCAUGUGGCGUACUUCGGCUUCAACACAAUGGUGGUCAUAGCAGUCACAAUGGGCUGAAGAGUGUAAUUAAUCAUUUUAGAGGGAACAGAGACUUUGCUCGCCUUAGAAUUGGAAUUGGGAGGCCUCCUGGACAAAUGGACCCCAAAGCGUUUUUGCUCCAAAAGUUCAAUUCAUUGGCAAGAGAACGGAUUGAUGCUGCUCUGAAAGAGGGAGUUGAUGUACUGAAGCUGAUGCCAUCAGAGGGCUUUAUGGAAUGUGCAAGGUGGUUCAACAGUGAACAAAAGUACAAGCAUAUAAGGCCACAUACCACAUUUAAGUUAGAAAGCAUGGACAAUCAUCUGGCUCCUUAAUUUGGUAUUUCCAGUGAGCACAUGACAACCAAAGCAGCAAGUUUAAGCUCUGUUAUCAAGUAGCAGCUUUCUUUUAUAUCGCUGUAAUUAGAUAUUGCUCCUUGCUCAUGUUGUAUAAAGUAUAGACCUUGUGAUUAUUAGCAGGACUCAACAAUAGUUGAUUGGCUCUAAUUAUUAUCUUAAUAGAAUUGAUUGUUGACGAGAA